AUGUUUUUUAAAGAAGUAAAUCGCGGGAGGUCGCGUCCGAGUACGGAAAUGCAAUAUGCAAUGGAGCCGGCGGCUACAAGCGGCUAUCUAUCAGAUGGAGACACAACGGCGGAAUCGAUUAAUCUAGCACACUUAGAAGGACACCAGUGGAAUCAGUUGCAGGAUGGAACAAUCGAAGUGACUGAUCGACAACCGAAAAAAGAAUACUACAUGAGCUUGCGACGGUUCAAUACUCAGAUGCCCGGCUCUGCUACUGGCACCACUCAGCGUUUAGGUAGUAUUUCCAGUGGCUCUAUGUUGGGUCCUUCCAAUGGAACAGCCGGUUUGGUUAAUACCAGUCUCCCAGCUCCCGGAAAUGUAGCACAGCCCACUUCGCCCAGAUCCACCAGUGGUACCAUGCGUGGUCGAACGAAUACCUCGGUAAUUGAUUUCAAACCGUCUGGAAAGACUGUGGACUGCACCGUGGUCAUGCUGGACGGAACUACCAGGGAGUUUCGUCUCGAUAAAGCGGCCUACGGACAGCAACUUUUCGAUUCCGUCUGUACACAUUUGGGUCUGCUGGAAGUGGACUUUUUUGGUAUCACGUACUACGAUACGACAAAUAAUUGGUACUGGCUCCAGUUGGAUCAAAAAAUUGCCAAACAACUGGGAAAAAACGAUUGGCAAUUUGAAUUCCAAGUUCGUUUCUAUCCUUAUGAUAUCGACGCGAUCAAAGAGGACUUGACUCGAUAUUAUUUGUGCCUACAAGUACGACAGGAUAUUGUGAGCGGACAAUUGCCCUGCUCGUUUAUGACUUAUUGCUUGCUCGGCGCAUACAUCGUCCAAUCCGAGGCGGGCGAUCAUGACCCAGUUCAGCAUGAGGGGAUCAAAUACAUUCAAGACCAUCCGUUCGCUCCGCACAUGCUUCAAACACCAGAAAUGCUAGAACGGAUUGUUCAACUGCAUAAACUGCAUCGUGGGAAAACUCCAGAGGAAGCUGAUCGUCUGUUUCUGCAUAAUGCACGUGUUCUUGCCCUGUACGGUGUGGAUCUUCACAAAGUGAAGAAUUCUCAAGAUGAAGACAUCAAUUUGGGCGUCUAUCACGGUGGGAUACUACAGUACCGGAAUCGCAUUCGUUUAAUGCGAAUCUCGUGGCCACGUAUCAUCAGCCUCUCCCACCGGGGUCGUAACUUUGUGAUUGCACUACGUCCGGCCGAAAAUGAGCCAUUCGGCCGGAACUUGUCGUUCAAAUGCAGCAAUGCCGCGUUUGCCAAACGAUUGUAUACCGUCUGUGUGGAACAUCAUGCUUUCUUCCGCCUGCGUGGUUCGGCUCGUCCAAAAAAACCAAGCCUAUUCCCUUCGUUCGCCUCACGCAAAUAUCACUAUCCGAGCUAUGUGCUUCAAUCGCCCACAUUGUAUCCGGCAGGAAAUGGAGCGGCACGUACCUUGUCUAAAUUCCGUCCUAUUCCUGCCCAUCCAAACGAUACCAGUGAUCUGCAUAUGAAUGGAGCCAUGGCCAGUCAGUAUCAGUAUCAGCCUUCUAUGAUGCCCGGCGAGAUGAACACGCUUAGCCCAAUGUACAUGGACGGACAGCAAAUGAUGAACGGGCAUUCAAUGCCCGGAGCUCCAGGUGCACAACGUGCUCUUCCCCAAGGAAUGACCGGGACCGUUGCAGCUGGGACGGUCGGCCUCGGGGGUGCACCACACACAAGACCUUGUUUUGAACCGGAAAACUGGCGCAUCUCGCCGGCUGAUCGAACCUCGGGACUGGGGAUCGAUGCUCGGGGAUUAGAUGUAGCAGCUCAGCGUGGAGCUGGGUGGCAGGGUUGCCGUGCUAACAAAGGUGUGAAAGCUCCUGGUGCGUACUAUUACGAAGCGGCUUGUCUCGAGGAUGGUCUAGUCCGUGUGGGCUGGUCCACAAACGAAGCCAGCCUCGAACUGGGUGCCGACAAUUGCGGUUUUGGUUUCGGCGCCGAUAUGACCGGAUCCUCGAGCGGUACCGGCGCCGGAAGAGCCAUGCAUCGGAAUACUGGACACGAUUACGGAGUUAUGGUCCAGCAAGGUGACGUGUUGGGUUGUUUACUCGACCUAGACAAGGGAUCGGUGUCUUGGUCGGUGAACGGCAAGGUGUUUCAACGUGCGUUCACCAUUCCCGAUCAACUUCGGGGUGAAUCGUUCCUUCCGGCUGCCAGUUUGAAGGACUCGCGCUUGCUGUUCAACUUUGGUGAUCAGGCAUUGGAGUUCCAUCCGGGUGGUCCGUUCACACCGGUAGCGGUGGCUUCUGAUGACAGCCAGGUAUCCAAUCGGAAUACCGGAUGGCGGCUGAACCCAUACGAUGCAUCAGCUGGUAUGGAUGUGGCUCCGGACGGAAGUAUGGCUCAAGCGCAGUUCAGUCAAGGAUGGCAAGGAUGUCGCGCGAAUCAGGGAAUUCGUGGUCCCGGUCGAUACUACUUCGAGGUGACUCCACUAGAAGACUGCGGACUGUGCCGUGUGGGUUGGUCGACUGAAGAAGCCAAUCUGGAUCUUGGCUCUGAUCGUUUCGGAUUUGGUUAUGGUGCAGACAAUCAAGGUUUCGGUCUCAAUGGACAACAGGGCAAACGUGUACAUGCAGACGAGAUUGAAAACUAUGGCGAGCCCGAUUGGACACCGGUAUGCUGUGCACCGAUGGACUAUGUGAAACGAACACGGCGAAAGGGACCGGAGCGCAAGGUUAAAGGUUGGUCUUACAUCGAUCCGUCUGUGCUGGAGCCAGCUCUUCUACAACAGAUGAAGCUCGGACAAGCGGCUGCUGCGAUUGGUGCAGCACGAGCUGUAGAACGUCGUGAAGAAGAUUUUAUGCGAUUUAUGCGAGCUCAUACACAUACCGCGUCGGCCAGUUCCCAUGAGCCAACUUCCACUGGCACAGUUGCCCCCUGGUGCGGUGGCCAUGCCCGGUUUGACAGUUUCUCCGGUCGCCAAAAUCAACAACAACGAUGCCCCCGUCGUUUUCAGUAA